CAGAUUGGAUAGUGUUGUCUUCGGUGGAUUUAGUUGUAUCAAUAGAUUAAAGGAGAGGGGAGCUUAAAGCCUGGCCGGGCACACUGACACUGACCAAGCAGUAUGAAGACUGACAACUUCCCGCAGCACAGAGGUGAAUGAGGGUCAACACCCUAAACCACUGACACCACGUCUGACUGGGGGGCAGAGGAAUAGCAUCACAGGGCACACAACCAGAACACACAAGAACUCCAUGAGUGUUUGCAGACGAAAAGGACUUUAAAGAAGUCUCCCUCUCUCCCGCCGUAAUGUCCUUCCUGUCCAGGGUGCGGUCCCCCAAGCUCACCUUCUUCCAGACCGUGGUGUCCCUGGGCCUGGGGGCCACGGCCCUCUUGUCCUCCAACUGGUGUGAGGGCAGUCAGAAGGUUCCCAAGCCCCUCUGCACGGCCACCAAAGUCACCAAAUGCAUUCCGGUGCCUGGGGUCUCUCAUAACUCCACGUCCAUCCAUUUUUCCUGGGAGACGGGGGACGACCGCUUUGUCUUCCCAGCCUUCCACGCGGGCAUGUGGAUGAGCUGCGAGGAGAAUAUCCACAUUGACGCCUGGGAGGAAAAGUGCAGAAGUUUUUUUUCUUUGACUCCAGGUGGUGAAAAGGGAAUGCUGUUGCUGUCAGUGUCCAUGGAGCUCAUGUAUGUUGGGCUGCUUUGUAUCAGCUGUGCGCUACAGUUUAUGCAGUUGUGUCUGGAUGCGUUUUGGCCAACGCAGGUCUGGGGUCAGCUCCUCAAUGCCUACUCAGCUGUCUUCACUAUAUUAGGAGGGUCUCUGGGAAUGGUGGCACACAUGAUGUUCAUGCAGGUCUUUCAGACUAUUGCUUCUAUGGGUCCUGAGGACUUCAAACCGCAUCGCUACGGAUAUUCCUGGGCUUUUUAUGUCGCUUGGGUGGCUUUUACCUUCUGCAUGUCGUCAGGUGUCUCCACCCUUAACAACUACACCAAGAAUUUUGUGAUCGAGAGAAGGCGAAAAGCCCGCAUGUACCCCAUUCAGUUUUCUGACAUGGAACCCCCGCUUCCCCUGGCUCCUCCCCAACUCUCCCACCCGGCUCCCCACUACUGUCCCCCACCUCCCCCCAUGUCCCAGCCACCCCCUCCUCCCCCCCAACUCUCCCCCCUUUCGCCCUACUAUGACCCCCCCUCGCCGUCAACCCCCCGCCGACUCACCCACUCCUACUCCCUCCCCCGCUGCUACACCCCUCCCCACCCAGAGUACCCCCCGACUCCACCGACUCACCCUGCUCCAGUGUCCCCCUAUCACCGCCACUCCCUGCCUUCUCCCCCCAUUUCUCUGCCUGCCUCCCCCCACAGUUACGCCCCCGGGUACUACUCCGAGGAUGGGGGCGGAGAGAUGGGGGGAGAUGGGAGGGACUUCUCGGAUGAGGAGUACAGCCCACUCUGA